AGUCCCAAAGAGAUAACGACUUAUUACACAUCAGUAAUUAAGGUCAAAGGUGAGGCAUAUCUGUUAAAUCUGUCUUGGCAAAGAGCCUUUGGUAUCUUUCAGUCAUCUCUAGUAAAUGAUUCAUGGUGUCUUUCUUUUAAUCAGCUUCAAAGCACCAUAAAAAGUUAGAUGUGAAUUGCAUCUGAUAGUGCUGCUCUUUAAAGAAGUGUAAAUUGUCAGUCCCUGGAGUUGUAGGUAUGCUGUUCUAGCUGGGAAGUUUGAUUUUGAAGCUGAUGGACAGUAAGUGUAAGAAAUGACCGUGUUCAUCUGAAUCUCUGUUUUCUACCAGUAGAUCUUUUUAGCACAUGAUCUAAGCUAAUGAUGUCUUUGUAUGUGUGAGUGUGGUUUGUGUAUGAGAGGGGAUGGAGAGGCGCUCAUUAGGUAUUGAAUGAUAUGGUUCGAUGACAGUUGGAUGUUCAUUUUGACCUAAAGCAGAGAUGGAAAGUCUAAACUUCUGUUGGAUAUUGAUCAUUUUCCUUUAUACUGUCUAGUAACAGAAUAGCGCUAAGCCACAUACUGAAUUACCGAGUUAAUGAGUAACAAACAAUAGGUAGUAGUGGCAUGCUUCAUUAGUGGGUCACUUUUCAAUAAGUUUGGGAAGAAUGCUUCAGAAUGCUUGUGUGAGAGAGAGACUGACUUUUUGCCUCAACUGCAGAAAUUUGAGAGAUUUGGAAGUAACUGCUCUUUGUUUGUUCCAAGUCAGUUUUCUUAUUGCUGAGGUAGUGUCUUUUCACUUAGUUUUAAUUCCUGUAUGGUAAUGAGACAUGCCAAGCUUUGUAAUCCUUUGAACUUUUGGGACCCUUCUAAACACAAGUUCUGUUGACUUGAAAGGAAUAGAGUGUCUUAAAAUAAUAGUGUAAUGAAAGUAAUAAUUGUUGUAUCACAGUAAAACUGUUAAGCUGUUUGUAAUUGUUGAAACUAAUGGCCAAGUUCUUAACGUUUGGUGGUUGGAAGAAUGUUGUAGAACCAAAAAACAUCAUAUCUGGUUCAUAAAAAUGAAGCUAAUGCUUUUUUCUUUCUGAUUGUUUGGACUUUUUUUAGGCUGGUCCAUAUAGGCAUGUUUCACUAAGGUUCAGCUUUUGGUUAAGGGACUGAGCCUUUUCAGGAGUCUAGUUAAUACCAAAACUAGCACAUUUUAUUCUGAAUGUGAAGUGUGUGCCUCCGUAUCACAGACUCACAGCAUCCACAGGGACACUGAGCAUGGAACCGAGUCUGAGCAACUCAUCAAUGGCAGCAGCAACAGAGCGGGAAAGUUAUCAGGCAGCUUCGACAACGAAAAGAUUUGACUGCUGGCGCUCUUUUGAGGGAAAUCCUGGUCACGAUCAAGGUCACCUAGGAGGAGGGCUCACACACCAGAAAGACGGAGAGAGGAAAGGAGUGUUCCAACAGCUUAUCGCAUCAGUAAUAGUCCUGGAAACAGUAGGAAACGUGCACGAUCCAAAAGUCCCCAUGAAAAGAAGAAGAAGAGGCGGUCUAGGUCACGUACUAAGUCCAAAGCUAGGUCUCCUUCACCAGCUGUGUCAUCAGGCAAACCAUCCACACACAAAAAUUCUGUGCAUUCAGCUAGUGUCUCUCCUGUGGAGAGCAGGGAAUCCAGCCAGGAACGCUCCAGGGGAGUUUCUCAGGAAAAAGAUGGCCAAAUCUCUUCAGCGAUCGUGUCUUCAGUGCAGAGUAAAAUCACUCAGGAUCUUAUGGCCAAAGUGAGAGCAAUGCUUGCAGCUUCCAAAAACAUACAAACUAGUGCCUCCUGAGACCUGUUGAACUGACCAUCAAGAAAUUAUGUGAAAAAGAACAAUAUAAAAACUGCCUCAUCUCAAAUGUACAGCUGAGCUUAGCUCACUUGGUUCACAACUCUCUUGUCUAAUAUUACCAGACCUUGAGGAGCUAAAACCUAUCUUUCUGUACAGAACUGUCUCCUUGAAAUUUCAUUGAAUUUUUUCAGCCAGAAUAUCUUUGGAAAGUUUUUGGUUUUUGUAAAUUGAUUUUUUGACUAAUUCUUCAGUAACAUUUUAUGAUCAGCAGUCUAUAUGUGUAUAUUUGUAAAUACCAUGUUUCUGUGAUAAAAGUAUUACACAAUAAUAAAGAACGGAACAUCUUUCAUUA